AUGGGCGAUUACGGCGGCCAGUCCAAGAAGAUCAAAGACUUUUCCAAAGUCAUCAGCACAUUCUCCUCGCACUACAAAGGCAGCCGUGACGACGAUGACGACCGAAACCCCGUCUCAGAGGAGGACCGCAAGACGAGACAGCAGAAAGCUGCGCAAGUCUCAGACUCAUACUAUGCCUUCGCCACCGCGGCCUACGAAGCCAACUGGUCCACACACUUCCACUACGCACCCUUCCCACCGACCUACCCGCCCCACGACUCCACCCUCGCGACGGCGAUGCAGUUCUGCGAACACCGGCUCGCGCACCUCGCCAACCUGCGCGCCGACAUGCUCGUCCUCGACGUCGGAUGCGGCAUCGGGGCGCCCGCGCGCGCCAUCGCCCGCCUCACAGGCUGCACGGUCGUCGGGCUGACGAUCAACCAAGGCCAAGUCGACCGCGCGAUCUACCUGACCGCGCUCGAGGGCCUUUCGCACCGAUGCACGUUCCUGCGGGGAGACUUCGUCGCCAUGCCCUUUGCGGACCGCAGCUUCGACGCCGCCUUCGCCAUCGAAGCCACCUGCCACGCGGCCUCCUUGGCCGCCGUGUACGCCGAGACCAACCGCGUGCUCAAGCCGGGCGCCGUCUUCGCGUCCAGCGAGUGGGUGCUCACGCCGCGCUACGACGGCUCGGACGUCGCGCACGUGCGCAUGCGCAACCGCAUCGAGCGAGGCAACGCCAUCGUCGACCUGCAGACGAGCGAGCAGGCGAGACGCCAGUUCCUCGCGGCCGGAUUCGACAUUGAGCAUGACGAGGAUUUCGCCGUGUAUUUUGACCGCCCUCACGCCGGUUCCGGCUCAUCAUCCUCGAUCCUCAUUCCCUUCGCAUCAGGCAUGGCUUGCGCGCCAGGACCCUCCGUGCCCCUUCCUCUGCCUGACGCCCUCCUCGCCCCGCGCACGAUGUACCGGCCGUGGACGUUCCCCCUGCGCGGACGACACGACCUCGCCACGACGUGGACAGACUGGUGGACGUGCUUUAAAAUGUCGCGGCUGACGCGCCGGCUCUGCUACUGGUACGUGUAUUUCGGGGAGAGGGUCGGGCUGGUGGACGAGGGCGUCAUGCAGGCGAUGCAGACCAUGGCCGUGUGUGUCGACUCGGUGGCUGACGCGGGCGAGGCUGGCAUUUUCAGCCCUUGUUGGUGGUUCGUUGGACGGAAGCGGGUUGAGGACGGGGCAGUAGAGGAGAGGGGGGAGGGAGGGGAGCGCGCAGGGAGCGAAGGGCCAUGA